CUGGCGGAAGUGGAGCGGCUGUGCCUUCCUUCGAACAGGAUCAAGGAGAUUGGGGUCAAGGGGAUGAUGGGGAACCUUGUGGAGCUCUUCCUCCAGGACAACAUGAUAGUGCGACUGGACGGCAUAGGAUGCGCCCGGAGGCUGAGGAGGCUGUGGCUGACAAGCAACGAGCUCCAGGACAUCAGCGAGGUCGGUCAGCUGUCGGACCUCCGGGAGCUCUGGAUGCAGGACAACAACCUGUCGGAGGAGGAGCUGUGGGCUGUCAAGGACCUGGAGCACUUGUCCUGCCUUGACGUGACGGGGAACCCGAUCAGCAGC